AUGGUGACGGCAAAUCCAGAAAUGGUUGUUUACUGCUUCGACACCCUGGUUGCUCACUACAAUGGUGACCAACCUCCUCCUCCUUCCUUCGAGGACGGCCAACACCCCUUGUUUGUUACAUGGAAGAAAGUGGUAAACGGUGGAGAGCCUCGUCUUCGUGGAUGCAUUGGUUCUCUAGAAGCACGUGGUUUGAUCAAAGGCUUCAGAGAUUAUGCGCUAACUAGCGCUCUUAGGGACCGCAGGUUUCCACCUAUAGAAGCUAGGGAGCUUCCUCAUCUGGAGUGCACUGUCUCUAUUCUUACUAACUAUGAAACUGCUAAUGACUACCUUGAUUGGGAGGUAGGAAAGCAUGGUAUAAUUAUUGAAUUUUCUGACCCUGACUAUAACACCAGGCGAAGUGCCACAUACCUGCCUGAAGUGGCUGCCCAUGAAGGUUGGACUGUAAUAGAGGCGAUUGAUUCUUUGAUACGUAAAGCAGGCUGCAACAGUAGAAUCACUGAGUCACUCAGGAAGAGCAUACAUCUAACCAGAUACCAAAGCACCUUAUUUACUAUGCAUUAUGGUGAAUAUGUUUCCUAUGUGAAACAGGCAAGAGGUGAAGCUCCAUCCAUUGUUGGAGCUAAAUUGCCUAGCUAG